AUGACCAAGGACUGCGGCCACCACGACGAGGAGCGCCGGCAGCUCCUCCGCCGCGUAUUCGCGGCCAUCCUCGGCUUCAUCCUCCUCAUCCUCCUUAUAAUCUUCCUCAUCUGGAUCAUCCUCCGCCCGACCAAACCGCGGUUCGUCCUCCAAGACGCCACCGUCUACGCCUUCAACCUCUCCUCCACCGGCGCCACCCCCUCCCCCACCGUCCCCACACCCAACACCCUCACCCUCACCAUGCAGGUCACCCUCUCCGCCUUCAACCCCAACAACCGCAUCGGCGUCUACUACACCAAACUCGACGCCUACGCCUCCUACCGCGGUCAGCAAGUCUCCCUCGCCACCGACCUCCCCCCCACCUACCAGGGCCACCGCGACACCGCCGUAUGGUCUCCCUUCCUCUACGGCACCGCCGUCCCCGUCUCCCCCUUCAUGCUCGAGAUUCUCCAGCAGGACAAAACCUCCGGAGGAGUGCUGGUCAACGUCAAAGUCAAUGGCAGAGUCAAGUGGAAAGUCGGGACUUGGGUCUCCGGAAGGUACCAUAUUAACGUGAACUGCCCCGCGUAUAUCAGGCUCGCCGGCGACGCCGAUGACGCCAUCGGAGUAGCCGCUCCGGCGGUGAAGUUUCAGCUUUUCCAAAGUUGCAUUGUUGAUGUUUAG